CGAUAAUGGAUAAAAGAUCGUCAUCGUUUCGGUUAACAACACCGAAUUCAUCAACGAAAAUCAAAUUAUAUGUUCGUGGAGUACCUAUCGCUUUGGAUAAGGAUAUUAUUACUCAGAGAUCAUCUGUUAUUGCUUCUCUAGUUAAACAGAAUCCUUAUAAUAAUAAUCUGUUUGAUGAGUUAAGUAACAUUCCUUUUGAUCCAGAGACGUUUGAUCUUGUUGCAAGAUUCUGUCAUGGAUAUGAACUGAAACUAUCAGCCGAAAACGUCAUUCCUCUCUAUUGUGUUUCUUAUUACCUUGGCAUGAGUGAAACACAUAGUCCAAACAAUCUGUUCAAGAAGUGUAAGAUCUAUUUUGAACAGAAGAUCUUACCUAACUGGAAUGAAUCUGUCAAAGCAUUAAGAUCUACGGAAAGCAUUAUUCAACAAGCGUAUGAACUCGGAUUAAUCGGUGAUUGUUUCGAUUCGCUUAUUCACAAGGCAAUAGAGAAUCCUCAAUUCCUCGACGAAGACAUUAUUGAAGAUAAACUUAACGUCAAGAGAAAACUAUUCCAAAUUGGAUCAAAGUUCGAAGAUCUGACAUCACUUUCUCUUCAAUUGUACCAACCGUUAAUCUAUCAAAUGGCUGAAAAUCAUGUUCAAUCAAGGUACAUAGCUUCAUCACUCUUUCAAUACGCGAUGAAGAACAAGAACACGUCUCAGGUAAGUGUAAUCGAAGCAGUAGAAAAGCUUUUACCUAAUGAAAUAGGUCUUCUUCAUUGCACACAACUAUUUGAAAUGCUGAAAAUCGCAAUCGCAAUGGAAGCUAACUCCAAUUGCAGGAACGGAUUCGAAACCAGAAUAGGUAAACAGCUCGAGGAAGCGACAGUUCAUGACUUAAUCAUACCUUCAAUAGGUUAUUCCAAAGAAGGAAAUUACGAUACAGAAUGCGUAAAGAGAAUCUUAAUGAUCUUCUACAAUAACUUCCCAGCAAAUUCAAAUUCCUCCAAAUUGUAUUCAGUUGCAGAGCUAAUAGAAAACUUCUUGUUCAAGAUCGCCAUUGACGUUAACCUAACUAUAUCUACAUUCAAAGCAAUGACAGAGUUGGCGUGUUCUGUUUCAAAGGGAUUGAAACGAAAAUCAGACCAACUAUACAAAGCUAUCGAUAUUUACUUGAAACAUCACAGUUACUUAACCGAAUCAGAACGAGAAGAGAUCUGUCAGGUUUUGGAUUUCAACAAUCUAUCCCAAAUAAUCUGCCAACAUGCUGCGCAGAACAGUCGUCUGCCAAUUCGAAUCGUGGUGCAGGUUUUGUUUGUGGGUCAAUUACAUUUGAGAGAUGUGAUAAAGAAAGAAACAUAUGAUCCAAGUGAGGAAGGAGAUGAAUUGCCAUUGAUAAACAGAGAUAAAGCUUCAACAAGAUCGUCUACUAUCAGUAGUAAUAGUAGUGGUAAGGAAGAAGUGAUGAUGGAAAUGGAGAAGAUGGGGAGUAAGAUGAGGGAAUUGGAGAAAGAAUAUGAUAUGAUGAAGAAGGAGAUUGAGAAAUCAAAAAGUGAGAUGAUGAAGAUGAAGAUGAAGAAGAAGAAGGAAAAAGUUGGUGUUUGGAAGGAGAUGAAGAGGAAAUUGAGUUGUAUUGGAAGUAUACAUGAUUGUGGUGUUCAUGUGAAGAAGAAGAAGAAGAUUUAUCCAGGUAACUCAGAAUAGAAAAAUGUUUAGUGUAGUUUGAAUAUUAGGUUUUAUUUGAAAAUU